UAUAUGAAACAGAUCAAAACGGAAGCAAAACGAAAAGUAGCUAACUUAGAGAGAGGAAUUUGUCGAGAGUAUAACUCAAAUAUAGCAGCACAAGUCAUUGACUGAGGAAGAAACAGGAAACAUGUUGAAGCUUUUCAUAGUUCGUUUAUUUUCAUUGGCAUUAAUAACUGAAGGGCAUUGCUCCACGAUUCAAGUCGGUACUGGAAAGAUUCAAAAAGGCCAAACAGCGAUCACAAAUGAAUGUUUGGAAUUCAGUAGAAAUACAGACUGCCGUUUCUAUGAUUGUUUGCAUGCAAGGUUUUCUUGUGGUCUAAAAGAGGUACCACAACAUAGUUCGCGUGCUAAGUGUGAGGAAGGAAAAAGGGCAGUCAACCGUUUGCAUGAUAGGGAUAAGAAAUGGAUGCAGGAUAUAAUGAAAUGCGUCAUGGAUAAGAUGACAAAAACCUACAAGGGUUCAGAGUUCAACUGCUAUAUGACUGUUGAAGUUGUACUCAAUAGACAAGCAGAUUGUUAUGUGGAAAAUGAUUUUUGCAAGGUCGGCUGGUCUCGCCGCGAUGCUCUAAAGAGUGUAUUCGAGGAACACAUGAAGAAACCAGGCAAAUAUUUAUUUCCGUUAUUAUGGAAAAAUCUUCAACGCGCUGCUGCAAAAUGUCUAACGAAAGACUCUGAAAAGUUAGUAACAUGGAUGAAAAAGCAGUUUCCUACUUUGUAAUAAGUGAAAUAAAUUGUAAAGUAUACAGUC